AGAAGCCGCGGACGUGGUUCAGCUUCAGUGCCGCCCUACGGCUGUUAUUAUUGUUAUUGUUGUUAUUAUUAUUGUUGUUGUGGCUGCUGGAUGUGAUGCUGCUGCCCUCUGUGUGCGGAUCCCAUGAAAUCGCGUUCAUUAGCACAGACAUGGCGUUCCGACGGUCAUCGCGUCUGUUCAACUGAAGCUUUAUGAUUCCGCUCGAGUUUGGGAAGAAAAACGCUGCAAGAUGUCGCAGAAGAUGCUGGGCUCCGUGGUGGGGCUCCUCUGCACAGGGGCGUGUUUGGUUGAGGGGAAGGAGUUUUGUUUCGGUGUGAACAAUGAACAGUACCGCUGUGAGAUGGGCUACUGCUGCGGAGAGACCGAGUGCUGCACCUACUAUUACGAGCUCUGGUGGUUCUGGCUGGUCUGGAGCCUCAUCAUCAUGCUGAGCUGCUGCUGUGCAUACAGACACCGGCGAGUGAAGAUGCGUCUGCAGCAGGAACAGAGACAGCGGGAGAUCAGUCUGAUGGCGUAUCAGGGAGCCUCCAGCUCCUUCAUCACUCCUCCUCCUCCUCCUCUCAACCUGCGCUUCUGGACGGACUGUAAGCUGCCCGACUACGAGGAGGUGAUGGCUCACCCGCCCACGCCUCCUCCACCCUACUCUCCAGAGCAGGAGCUGGAGACACAGCAGGAGCGCGAGGAGCCCAGCAGCCGGCGCAGACACGUGACCGGAGACUCCGGCAUCGAGGUGUGUGUGUGCCAGCUGGACGAGUGCUCGGGGCCCGAGGAGGAGGCUCUGUGUCAGGGGCCCGGCGGGUGUGAUCAGGAGUGAGGAGUCUGGGAGAGACUGUCUUCUGAGCAGCGUAAUGCCUCGAGUGCGUCUCUGACUGCAUCCCUCUCACACACUGAACCAAUCAUACACACCACGGUUUGAUUCUCACAGCUGCCCCGAGACCUCAGCCCAGAGACAGACACACACACACACACACACACACACACACACACUCUC